AUGGAAUCAUCUAUAAUAUCUACAACGAUUAAUAAACCACAAAUAACUUCACCAUUUCAAGAAUCAUCAAAUAAAAUAGGAGUAACACAAUCUAUACGUAAGAAAUUAAAUUUUUUAGAUGAUAGAACUUGGAAAAAAUUUAGUGCAAGAAGAUUAGAAUUAAUUGAUUCAUUAAAUUUAGAAAAAUAUAAAGCUAGUGAACAAGAUGAACAAAUUAAAAGAGUUGCAGAAGUUUUAAGAGCAGAAUAUGGUUAUGGAAUUAUGUAUAUGGAUGAUUUUAGAAAAUUAGUUCAAGCUGGAAUUCAAUCAGUUAGAAGAAAUAGAAAAAGAACAAUGAAAAGAGAAAUGGAAGAAGAAAAUAAACGUAAAAAAAUUAAAAAAGAUGAUGGAUUUUUAUCUGAAAUAGUUAGAAGUGAUGAUGAUAUUUAUGAUGUAAAUUAUAAUAAAUCAAAAAGUUUUUCAACUAAUGAUCAUGCAAAUAAUACUAUACAAGAUUUAGUAAAACCAAGAAUUCAUGAAUCAUCAGAAACUAAAAAGCAAAUCGAAUUGGCAAAAUCAAACCUAUUAAAUAAAAUUGAAAGAUCAAAAACGUGUAAUGGAACAUUAGAUAAUUUAAGAUCAAAUAAUUUACAAUAUUUGGGAAAAUCAUUAAUAUCAAGUUGUAUUGGAUAUAUAUUUGAAAAAUCUUUUAAUGUAUUAAAUUUACAAUCAUUAGAAUAUCUUAGAGUGAAAUUAACACUGCAAUCAUAUUUAGCUAAAAUAAUGAGAGAUUUAGAUCCAUUAAAUAUAAAAGAAACUUUAAAUGAUGAAAUAGCAGUUAUAUCAUUUUAUACAUUAGUUGGAGCAAUAACAGUAGAUUUUGGAUUUGAUGAAGUAAUGAAACCAUUAAAUGAAAUAUUUUAUGGAUUUAUUAUAAAUGAAUAUCCACUUAUAAAUAAAAAUAUAAUACCUACCGAAAUAAAUGAGAAUUUUUCAUUAAAUAAAUUAGCAGAAGUAGCUACAAAAUUACAAGAUGAAAGAAAACAAGAAAGCGUAUGUUCAAAUAAUUCAAUAAUGUCUUCAAGAAUUUCGCCAACAUCAUCAAGAAAUUCAUCAAAUGAACCAUCAAAUUUGAAAAAAACUAUAAUUUUGAGGUUUUUAAAUCAAACUGUUGAAUUUUUUUAUCCUUUGUCAAAUUCAGCUAUUCCUAAAUAUUAUGAAUUUGUAGAAAAUAUUAAAAAUGUAUUUAAAUUAAAUCCCAAUAGUAUAUUAGAAAUUAAAUUUAAUAAUUCAGUAAUGCAAAAUGAUCAAGAUUUAGAAAAGGCUUUUAAAUUUGUUCACAUUUUGAAUUCAAUUAUAGAAUUUGAUAUUUCAACAAAAUCAACAAUUCCAAUCCAAUAUUUCACACCAGAUUCAAAUAAUAAUUUACGAUAUACAAAAUCAGAAUCUACCAAUCAUACCAACAACACUAAUAAUCAACAUAAAAUAUUUUUACCACCACCUAUUCCAAGUGCACCAAUGAGUACAUCAAGUAGUUAUUCAAAUCCAUUAUUUCCAUUAAAUAAUAGUAUUGAUUUAUCUGAAAAUAAUAAUAAUAAUCAAAAAUCUACAAUAAUUCAACCUCCAAUACUACCCAAAUUUCAACCUUUAUUAUAG